CGACAUUUCGUCCGCUCGACCUGAAAUGAAGCGGCGUGCUAUUUGUCGUUCGUAAAUAGUAGUUAUGUCCAAAAUGACUUAUCUUGAUCGUUUAACCGGCGUUUGAGCACGCCAGAUAGCGUAAAAAUAUUAACGGCAAUGCGGACGCCUUAGUUGUUAUUUAUUAGUUGGUUGUUGUCAUUAUUGUCGAAUUCAAAACCAAUCAUGCAGACGAUCUUUCGGACGGGUGUCAAAUGCUCGUUGCGCCUGGCUCCUAGAGCGUCCAAGGCGCCUCACGUGGCACUCACGAAUGACUCGAGGAGGCAGUUCGACGUCAUCGUCGUUGGCGGAGGACAUGCUGGCACCGAAGCUGCGGCAGCCUCUGCUCGGAUGGGCUGCAACACUUUGCUGCUGACCCACCGCUUAGAUACUAUUGGAGAAAUGUCCUGCAAUCCGUCCUUUGGUGGCAUUGGCAAGGGUCAUCUCAUCAGGGAAAUAGAUGCACUGGGUGGAGUUUGUGGCAAGAUAUGUGAUUUGUCAGGGAUCAGCUACAAGGUUCUGAACAAGAGAAAAGGACCAGCAGUCUGGGGUCCAAGGGCGCAGAUAGACCGGGGACUCUACAAAAAGCACAUUCAGGCAUACUUGAAGAACCAGAGAAAUCUCACGAUACUUUGUGGAACCGUCGAAGAUCUCGUACUGCAAGAAACGGCGGAAGGAUCGUGCUGCGUUGGAAUCACCUUGGAUGAUCGCUCUACAAUUCAUUCCCAGUGUGUUGUAUUGACAACUGGGACAUUUUUGAGAGGGCAGAUCAACAUUGGUCUGGAGACGUACCCAGCGGGACGACUUGGUGACAAGCCAGCCAUAGGCCUUGCCCAUACACUCGAGAAGCUGGAGUUCAAACUAGGGCGGCUAAAAACAGGGACUCCUCCCAGGCUGGAUGGCCGAACGAUUGACUAUACCAGCCUUGAAGUACAACAUGGUGACAAGCCACCAGAACCAUUUUCCUUUAGCAACUCAAAAGUGUGGAUAGAGGCUGAGGACCAGGUGCCCAUGCACCUGACACAAACGACGCCGGAGGUGGACAAACUCGUGCUUGACAACCUCCACCUUGACAGACACGUCAGAGAAGAGGUUACUGGACCAAGGUACUGCCCAUCCAUAGAGUCCAAGGUGCUUCGUUUCAAAGGGCGCUGCCAUCAAGUCUGGCUGGAGCCUGAAGGCUUGGACACCCACAUCGUCUACCCCAAUGGCAUCUCCUGCACCUUGCCUGCCGACGUCCAGCUGAAGCUGGUUCGGUGCAUGCCAGGCUGCCACAAUGUGGAAAUGAUCAGACCAGGCUACGGUGUGGAAUAUGACUUUAUUGAUCCGCGGCAGGUUAAACCAACAUUGGAAACAAAGAAGGUACCGGGCUUAUUCCUGGCUGGUCAAAUUAAUGGCACAACUGGCUAUGAAGAGGCUGCAUCUCAGGGCAUUGUGGCCGGUGUAAACGCAGCCUGCAAGGUGCUAGACAGGGAGCCACUGACCGUGACACGCCUGGAAGGGUACAUUGGAGUGCUCAUUGACGACCUCACGACGCAUGGCACCCAGGAGCCCUAUCGCAUGUUCACCAGCAGAGCCGAGUACAGGCUCAGCCUGAGGCCUGACAAUGCAGACAUUCGGCUGACAAGAAAAGGUUACAAGGUAGGCUGCGUUCCAGAGGAUGAAUAUGAAAGAGCAUCUAGCAUGCAUGACGCCCUGGCAAAUGCACGACAAAUUCUUGGUGCUGAAGUCAAGCACACACGGCACUGGAGAAGCUUGCUAGGACUGCCCGAAACAAACAAUCCUACACAAAAAAGUGCUCUGGAAAUGCUUGGAAGCCAAGAUGUCAGUGUAGACAGCAUUGUGGAUAUGUUUCUACCACAGCUGGGUGAUCUUGCAUCAAGUCACAUCUUCAGGACGAGACUCAAGGUAGAAGCUACAUAUGCUUACUUGGUUGCCCAGCAGCAGAAGGAGAUCCUUGAACUUGAGGAAGGAGAAGCACUGCAGCUUCCCGCCAACAUCGACUAUAAUGAUCCUUCGUUGAACUUGUCCAAUGAAAUAAAAUCGAAGCUGGAGCAAGCAAGGCCAACUACGGUGGGGGCUGCUAGCAGGAUACCUGGCGUGACACCAGUAGCAGUGCUGAGCCUAUUACGACUUGCAAAGCAAAGAGAGAGGUCGUCGUCUGCACUUUGAGUGUGCCUCGAGCUGAAAAGUGUGAUCAUUGUACAGAUAAAAAUAAAAGCUCAGUUAAAUA